AUGACGGUCACCAGCAAGAUGAAUAGCGUCUCCCGCCAAUCGGUACUGAGUCGCCUCGGUCCCGGUGGACUGCUUUAUGCCGCAAACAAAAUAAUAGCGGUUGCUUCUGGCAAGGAAGAAGAACGCUGGCGCGGCAAGGACGAAGGUGUGCUUUUCAAGCGUUGGAGACGCACACCCUCGACCAACGAGACCGCUCCUGUGGUUCCUGCACCAACCACACCGCCGUCGCAGCCUUCAGAUUUACUCAAAUUUCUAGCAAUUAACGCAUUAGAGUUAUCGGCACCAGCUUCCGAUGCGCUCUUGAAAUCCAGAUCUUCGGAAUGGUUCCAGCUGUCCGGGCACCCGGGUUCGUUGGCCCCCGCGGGUCCGGGCACCGUUUGGAAAAGACGAGCGGCUGGUGACCAUCCCGCUCAUAACCCCGAGCGCGACGCUUACGAAGCUCUCGCCGCCUGCCCGCACAUGCGCUCCGCAAUCCCGCGUUAUUACCGAGAAUUGGAGUACGGCGGCGAGCACUUCAUCGAGCUGCAGGACCUCCUACAUGGCUUCCGUGACCCCCACGUCAUGGACAUAAAAAUGGGCACGCGCACCUUCUUAGAGGACGAGGUCUGCAAUGCACGCGCGCGUCAGGACCUCUACGAGAAAAUGGUGCGAUUGGACCCAAACGCUCCCACCGAAAGCGAGCACGCGGCUCGCGCUAUCACUAAACUACGCUACAUGCAAUUCAGGGAACAGCGAUCCUCAUCUGCCGAGCAGGGAUUCAGGAUUGAAGCCGUCAAACUGCCAGGGCAGCCUCCCCUCACGGAUCUGCAGAAAGUUAGGGAGCCGCAUCAGCUCGCUGCUACGAUCGCACGCUUCCUUGGCGACGACGAGCGCGCUCGUCUUGCAAUCGUAGCACGCCUCCACGAGAUCAGGGACUUGUUCGAGCGCUCCGAAUUCUUCCGCUCGCACGAGAUCGUCGGCAGCAGCAUCUUUAUCAUUUACGAUAAUGAACGCGUGGGCGCGUGGCUGAUUGAUUUCGCCAAGACCCGACGUGUGCCAGAAGACAUUGUGGUCAACCACCGCGCCCCGUGGUCACAAGGAAACCACGAGGAGGGAUUUCUAUAUGGAUUGGAUAGAUUGAUUAAUAUUAUAGAAACCGCCAGUUUGUCGCAAAAGAGCAAUGAAACGACAAAAGAACCUGAUGUAACGCGU